AUGAAGACGUUUGCAGGCCUGAUUCUUCUCUGCCUCUCUAGCGCUUGCCUUGCUCAGGAAAUAUCGAUUGUUUCUGCCGGUCUGAUCCAAUGGGGUACCCUGGCUAUUGUGCUAAGGUCGAUAAGAAAUAUCCAGACCGAGAGGCAAUAUGGCAGUGCAUGGAGGAGCACAAGUGUACAAAAACAGGCAAUCCAUGUGAACUCCCUCCAGGCGAAGCACACGAUCCGGCUACAUGCCACUAGAAUGCUAUAUCGUGGCGUCUGGCAGGGUCCGAGUGGUCCAAGCCCAAACGAAAGAUACUUCAGUGGAGCAAUUGAAUACAAACGGUUGUUUCUGUGGACUAUGGCCAAGGUUACUCUUCGAGGAAGUGUUGCAGCAGAACCUGUACCUGUGAAUUCAUCAUCAUCCCAUCAGAUAAUCAUCGUAUCCACUACCACACCCGCUGACCCUAAUCCUCUCACCCUCAUUCUGCAAAUCAAAAAACUCGCCAUCUCAAAGUUCAGCACAUGA